UGGAAAGUGAGCAUCUCUUUUGUGGUUGAGAACCAGCAGGAGGAUGAAGUGCACACACGGGCCCUAUCGCAAGCCGUUUUGGCCCCCCAGCGCAGACUCUUCAGCCUGGUGUCCUGGGACAAGGUUCUGCAGCAGGUCCACGAGCUGGGCAACCCCAAGAUCAAGAAAUCCAAGGACGCCGCCCCCCCCGUAUCACGAGGUCACAGAAGCAGCAAAGUCCCUCCUGGACAGCGGAGAGAACUUACCUCUUCCCCUCAUCGCCAAACUGCUGAAGUUCCAGUUCCUGAACAUCAAACAGAGAGACCAGCAGAGGAGGGAAGCGGAGCAGAAG